ACUGUGGUAUAAACCUUUUGCUUCACGAUUUUCAAUUUUCGACGAAAAUGUUUAAAUAGAGCAGUUAACAUGCUGAUAACGAAAGCAACAUUUAAAUUUUUCACGAUUCUUAGUUCGCUCACGAUAGUCAACGCAAAUAAUUUUACAUGGCAGGACAAUGGAGCUACAGAGACUAAUAUAUCUAACGAAAAUUUACGCGUUCAUCUAUGAUAACUGUGUUUGAGAUAUCGCAAACGAAUUAUGUCUUGUUAUUCCGGAGCUGAUUUGUUGAAAGUGUUUGAUAAUUUAAAAAUAGACCUAGGUAAUUUAAAUCCCAAUGUAAUUAAGGGUUGGUUUGAUACUGAUUGUAAGGAUACUAUAGCUUUAUUGAAUUGGAUGUGUUGUUUUUCCGAAAAAAACUAUGUCGCUGCUCUUGAGCAAGCCGAAUAUGCUGCAAUUGAGCAAAUUGUCGAAGAUGAACAGACUUGUAUUGAUGAACUUAAAAAUCUUCGGCCAGAAUAUGCUGAUGUAUUACAUGUCGAUAAGAAUUUGGAAGACAUUGUGCUCUUGGAGUCUGAGAUUGAAGUUCUCCAAGCUGAAAGUAACUCCUUGGAUAGGUUGCUACAACAUUACGAGUAUUUGAACAAUAAACUAUCAAUUGAACUAACUAACACCACUGCUAAGGAAAUUGAGUCCAAAGCCAGAUGUGCAACAGCCUUAAGUGUUUGCAUCAAUUUAAGUGAAAGGCUUGAUGGUAUUCACACAAAAAUAGAAGAGCAGCUCAUUACAUAUGACCCAGAUUCCCAUUUUGUAAAUCAAAUAGAUUUAACGGCAUAUCGGGAGAACAUUGAUAACUUGAAGUCCUGUCUAUCAGCUUCAAUUAACCUCGAGCAGACUCAACUUGAAAAUUUAGAAGAGAGUCUCAGUGAUGAAUUAGAAAUGGUCCAUAAAAGGUUAAUACAAAGCAAUCAAAUUUAUUUAGCAAACAACAUUGAAAUUUCCAAAUUGCAAGCGAUAUUGAAGUUCCUUCACCGAGUCGAUAUAUCUCACAUUGAUAUCUCAUUUCCGAUUCAGUCUAACUUUCAAUCUAUGGAAACUUACAAAAGGGAUUUAUGCGAAAUGCUGAAUGGUGCAUGUGUCAAACAAGCUGACCAUUACAUAAUCGAAAGCAAAGUUAAGUAUUUGCAGAUGGACCUGGAUGAAUAUCGUUCAAAAUUGCGCGACACAUCAAAAAUUUUAGAACACGUUACCAAGUUUUUUUCCUACUACGCGCUUACAAACGUUUUGCAAACUAACGAGAAAGCUUGCAUAGAUAUGGCAAAAAAUUUCUUCGUAAACAUUCGAGAUUACGUUAAUGGUGAUCUGUCCGACUGCAAACGGAGGAUUGACCAGAUGAACGAAGUAAUUAACGAACACCAACUGUAUCGGUCGAAACCUGACAUUGAAAAACUGACGUUAGUUUCUUCAAUGGCGCGGGUCUUAUCGGGGGAAGCUUCAAAUUUGAAUUCCGCAUUGGAAGCCAUCUGUAAAUUUAAAAGUGAACUAAAUUCCUUAGAGGCGAAGGUUUUCCGUAAUGAUUUCUAUGAAGACAAAAACAGAAUCUUGCAAAGGAAAGCGGACGUCGAGAUUCUUGAAAAAUAUUUUCAACGCGGACCUACGGACAGGGUGAUACUGAUGCCGGUAAAAUUGCAAAACGCAUUUUUGGAAAUGGAAGACCAUUUUAGAAUGGAAAGGGCGAGUUUAUCACGAGCGGUACAGAUCCCAAAAACUGCGCGAAAUAAUGCUACCAAGGAGCAAAAUUACAUCAAGCAAUUAUGGAUGAUUUUUUUAACCAAACCCGCAAAGGUUGAAUCCUUGUUAAAGAAGGUCGAGGCGGAGUUCAAUCAAAGAACGAGGGAACAUUUCUUUUAAGAUUAUUACUUAUUGUUAAAUGUCUCAAAAAUAUUCAUUUUUUAAUAAACUGAAAGAUACCCAUCGAAUUCGCUUUGCUUUGGAAUUAAACGUGGCAAUAUUGAGCAAAUAUUAAUAAAAACAAGAUAUAAAUAGGCCGGUAAUCUUUAAAAAUGCGUGU